AUGGGCGUGCUCAGACCACCUCCUCCUGGAGCUGAUUGUCCCAGCUGUGAGACUGUGCCUUCGACCCAGCCUCCAAUGAGCAUGCCCAGCCAUCGCUACAAGUUGUGGGUAGACCCUGGCAACACAUCAUCAAGGCUACAGGGAGAACAACUAGAAGUCAUACCCAGAAGCAACCAUAGAUUGGGGAAUCCUAAAAUAACUGCUGCUGCUGCUGUAAGCAUGCCACUGCUACCGGAGAUGGACCUGCCCCUGGGAUAUACACCAAAUGGUCUUAUCAUUGCCUGUUACCAAGGUUAUGUGGAUAUUGUAAUAGCCUUAGCACAAUGCCCUCACCUUGAUGUGAACUGGCAGGACAACGAAGGGAACACAGCUCUAAUUACAGCUGCACAGGCAGGGCACAUAACCAUUACAAACUAUUUGUUGAACUAUUUUCCUGGGCUUGAUAUUGAGAAGAGGAAUGCAUUUGGAUUCACAGCACUGAUGAAAUCUGCAAUGCAGGGUCGAACAGAAUGUGUGAAAGCCUUGAUGAUGGCAGGGGCAAAUGUUCAUGCAACUGACCCAAGCCGUGGACUGACUUCAUGGGAAUGGGCUUGUUUCACAGGAAGAUCAGAAUCUGCCUUCGUCAUGCAGAAGCUGAUGGACAGACCAUGCCCAGAACAGUUUUCUGAUCAAUAUAAACCAGAAUGGCCAAAAAUGAAGGAACUUCUUGCGAAGGCUGCAGAGACAAAAAGCUGUUUGCAGAAGAUUUCUGAGUGCGUAAGAGCAGCUGUCUCAUUCCAGUCUUUCUAUGGCCCAGAAGAGGAUGGGGUCCUUGAUCACAUGGUGAAGGUGACAACAAGCUUGGGAAGUCCCUUCAUCACUCUGGCAUGCCGGACUGUGUGCCCAGGCAGCCCACCUUGUGUGGGGAAGCGCAGACUGGCUGUGCAGGAAAUCCUUAGGAAGCAGAGAGCAGAGGAAAUCCGAUCUCAAGACAAAGAUCACGUUAACAACUAUGAGAAGCUCUUUCAGAACUCCAAAGUCACAGUGAUCCCCAAGAAGAAGGAGCGUCGAGCUAGCCUGCAGCCCAUCAGCAUUGCAAUGUCCCAAGUAAGCACAGUAGCUACGAGGAAAGCAAGCCUCCUGCCACUCCACCUACUUCGACGGAGCAGUGUCCGGCCGGGAUUUGUCAUCCCCAAAGUCCGUGUAAGCAAGGCACCUCCACCUACCUUCCAGCCAGAAAAGGCGAGAAGGAGGAGCAGUGCAAAGGACGACCCCUAUCUGCAGAUUCCCAAAUGGAGAUACAAGGAAUUAAAAGAGGAGAGGAGAAAGGCAGAGGAACUGGAGAAGAAUAGAGCAGCAGAGGCUCAAAAACCAAGGCAGGUGUCUCCUUCCCAGAGCAGGACCUGAUUUAAAGGCAGUUGGUGAGAGGUUUUUGAGUUGCUAGUCUUGUUAUCCCAGCAAGAUUACAAGAGACUGAAUGUUUUUGUGCAUGCUCACUGCCCAUGGAGCUGGAAUACUGAGUCAUGGCCUUUAAGGAGCAGAAAUACAGCAAGGGUUAUGCCAUGACAUAUUUGAUGGUGGAGCAAGAAUGUAUUUUGGGCUGGAAGACUUACUAGGUUAACCAAUCUGCUGUUGAUGGGAUGUUCUAAGUGGUGCAGUUGUCUUGUGGAUUCCUCUUUUUCCAGCUCCUGGUGAAUGGCUGUGAAACAGCUUGAAAAAUAUGUUUGAAAGAAUUGUAUUUUGUGUUUGUUCAUUUUGCAAUGGACAAAAUUAAGGAGCUGUGGUUUUGACACCAGACAUUCCUCCCUCUUCUUCCUUAGGCAGAUAUAUUGCAAAGAUUUAUAAUAAUAAUUAGCAGUUUAAAAUAUACCACAGUGUUGGUUGGCAAUGAAAAUCCAGGUCUACAGUUUUAGAUAUAAUGAGCACUUUAUUUCUAUUCCAGUAAGCAGAUCUUAAAUACAGGCAUUAAACCCUACAGGUCCAUACAGUCUGUAUGGAUGCAGUUCUUAAUGCUCUUGUUUUCUCUGUUGAAUAUAAAAAGGGCUUAAUAUGAAAUAUCUCUGUAGUUGAGGUAUUCACAUCUUCUGCAAGUAUAAAUCAGUUGCAGGGACUGAUUUCUUUGAAGAAACAUAGAAGAUGUGACAAUUUUUGAUUGCCACCAUCACCUAAGAUUUGCCUCCCCCACUAGAUUUUCCUUUAUUCAUUAUCCAUUGUCUCCUCUUUAGUCUCAGGGAAAUUUUUGUCAUUGCUUUUAACUGUGAAAUAAGGGAGAUGGUGAAGCACAGUGGAUAUUUUUUUAGGUUGAUAUUUAAAUUUCUUUUAAAAAAACUCACUAGGUUUAUUGUGAGCCUUUCCAGAAUAUAGCCAGGACAAGAAUAUUAUGCAGCUUUCAGAGGUUCAAGCAAUUUUCCCAGGAGUAAAGUGCAGCUAUAUGCUGUGAAUACCCAGUCAGAGGCAGCUCAACCACUGACAUGGCCAGAUGUCACUGUAAGCUUUGGUACAACACCUCUGGGUGCCCAAAGAGGGCAGUAGCUCACCCCUCUGUCUACACUGCGAGGAAACCUUCCCUGGUAUGGAAGUUCAUCUCCCACGUGGGCAGUACCUACGGAUUUUUGCUGCAGGUUUUCACACUCCACAUUAAGGGUUCUUCUGGUUGUACCAGCAGUCAGCCUGAACAGCAAGCCAAGCCCUGGAAAAUUCCGGUAAGGAACGGCUAUAAAUCUGCUGCUUGCUGAAGAACAACCACACUCAUAGAAGUAGAGAUUCAAUGCAAACAGCAUAGAGCACAUGCUCAGGGUUAGGUUUUCCUCAGGCUUUGCACACAUUUAAACUAAAAUGUGCUGCAGUGUGUCCUCCUGAAGGUGUUGCUGUACUGGAGCCCAGGCAGACCUCAGCUGUGCUGCUGUCACCAGUUUCUCCCCUCAAUUAAGAGAGGGAAAACUUUCCCACCCUUUAGCCCCACAGCACAGAGGCUGGACACUUUCAGUUUCACUGAAUUUGUAAUGAAACUGUGUCAUGGGAGAAAUAAAUUCAGUUAAUUGAAAACUAGCGCCCAGAUCAGCACUUUUCCUGUCUAUAGGGUCUGACAGAAGUUAGGACAGAUGUGGGGAACAAGAAUUUUUCCACACAGCCUGUUCUUUGUACUUCUGUGCUGGCCAGACUGCAUUGCCAGGUAGCCUCUUAGGUCAGACCUGGAGGAAAAGCACCUGCCAAUACACCUGCCCAGUCCUGGGAAUAUGAAGAUCAUUUUUAUCUGCAAGUGCAUCAGUGCUAUGCAAUUCAUAGACACUAAUUUUGUAAUGGCUUUGAGGUGACCAGAAUACAAGCAGGACUCAUUUCUUUGGAAAGCAGGAGGACAAUCUUCUGGCUGUCUGUGGCAGAGCUGUCAGGACAGACUUCAGACUGGUACACUGGAUUGAAUGGUUUAACUGUUAAUUUUUGUUUACUGCCAACCCAGGGUUUUGAAGAUUUAGCAAUCAGAUUUGGUUCUGAAAACAACCUGUACUGCAGCUGAGUACUUGAAUUUGCACUUUCAGUACCACCUGCAAGAAACCGGCCAUUGACAGGUGCUCUCAGGGAUGAACAUAUAGUAUGUAGAAUUAGGGGCUGGAAAUUAAGCCUAUUUUCUAAUCCUUUGUACUUUACUGUGUUUACGUGCAUAAAUGUGAUAUUUCCAUUAAAAGAGGCACAGGCUGUUCAACUUAUUUGGCACA